GGUAUGGUAUCGCCAGGAUGCGCUGCUGCCUGACCAGGUGCUCAAAGACGAUGAUCAUUUUAAAUACCAUGGGGGAUGUGAAGCUGGCUGCCUCAACACACGUUUCCAAAACCUCCCUCAGUGCGGAUCACUCAAGAGUCGGCUCCAUGCCUCUGACCGAGGCCCCUGCUUUCAUUUUGCCCCCUCGGAACCUCUGCAUCAAAGGAGGAGCCACUGCCAAGUUCGAAGGGAGGGUCCGGGGUUACCCAGAGCCCCAAGUGACGUGGCACAGAAAUGGGCAACCCAUCACCAGUGGCGGCCGCUUCCUGCUGGAUUGUGGUAUCCGGGGGACUUUCAGCCUUGUGAUUCAUGCUGUCCGUGAGGAGGACAAGGGAAAGUAUACCUGUGAAGCCACCAAUGGUAGUGGUGCCCGCCAGGUGACAGUGGAGUUGACGGUAGAAGGGGCCUUUGUGAAGAAGCAUGGUCAGCCUAUUGUUUCCAAAACCUUGGGGGACAGAUUCACAGCACCCCCAGUGGAGACCCGUCCUAGCAUCUGGGGAGAGUGCCCACCGAAGUUUGCUACCAAGCUGGGCCGAGCCGUGGUCAAAGAAGGACAGAUGGGACGAUUCUCCUGCAAGGUCACUGGCCGGCCCCAACCACAGGUCACCUGGCUCAAGGGAGAUGUUCCCCUGCAGCCAAGUGCCCGUGUGUCUAUGUCUGAGAAGAAUGGGAUGCAAGUUCUGGAAAUCCAUGAGGUCAACCAAGAUGAUGUGGGAGUGUACACGUGCUUGGUGGUGAACGGGUCAGGGAAGGCCUCCAUGUCAGCUGAGCUUUCCAUCCAAGGUUUGGAGAACACCAAUAGGUCAUUUGUGAGAGAAACAAAGGCAGCCAAUUCAGAUAUCAGGAAGGAAGUGACCAAUGGAUUCACGCAGGGGCCAACACUGGACACCUUGGAACCUGCAGCUGAACGUAAAAACUGCUCUAGCACCCAGCGAGGGGGCUCCCCUGCCUGGGCCACAGGCAGCCAGCCUCAGCCCCUGAGGGAAUCGAGGCUGGAGCCUGAGGACUCACCUAGAAAGGCCUUGAGGACCCCCGUCCUGCAGAAGACUUCCAGCACCAUCACCCUGCAGGCUGCAAAAGUCCAGCCAGAACCAAGAGCACCGGUCUCGGGCGCCCUCUCUCCUUCCAGAGAAGAGAAAGAGAGACCAGCUGCUCCCCCUCCAGGCACCCUCCCCACCAGGCAGUCUGGCCUGGGAAGCCAAGAAGCUGUGAGCAAGGUUGCUACCAGGAAAAUCCCCGUGGAGAGCUGGAGGGAUUCAACAUUCCCCAAAUUCGAGAGUAAGCCCCAAAGCCAGGAAGUCAAUGAAGAUCAAACAGUCAAGUUCAGAUGUGAGGUUUCAGGGAUCCCGAAACCCGAAGUGACCUGGUUCCUGGAAGGUGCCCCCGUGAGGAGACGAGAAGGCUCCAUUGAGGUUUAUGAAGAUGGCGGAUCCCAUUACCUCUCCCUGCCGAGAGCCCGGGUGAGGGACAGCGGGAACUACAGCUGCACAGCCUCCAACGUCCGAGGCCAGGUGUCCUGUGGCUGGACCCUCCGGGUGAAAAAAAAGAAGACAGGAAGUGACAGGAAGAGUGAGUACCUCCUGCCCGCGGCUCCUGGCAAGUCCGUCGCGCCCCUGUUCCUGCAGGGCCUCUCUGACCUCAAAGUCAUGGAUGGAAGCCAGGUCACCAUGACAGUCCAGGUGUCAGGGAACCCGCCCCCUGAGGUCAUCUGGCUUCACAACGGGAAUGAGAUCCAGGAGUCGGAGGACUUCCACUUUGAACAGAGAGGCACCCAGCACAGCCUUUGUAUCCAGGAGGUGUUCCCGGAGGACACGGGCACUUACAUCUGCGAGGCCUGGAAUAGCGCCGGAGAGGUCCGCACCCAGGCCGUGCUCACAGUGCAAGAGCCUCAGGAUGGCACCCAGCCCUGGUUCAUCAGCAAGCCUCGCUCGGUGACAGCCUCCCUGGGCCAGAGCGUCCUCAUCUCCUGUGCCAUAGCUGGUGACCCCUUCCCCACCGUGCACUGGCUCCGAGAUGGCAAAGCCCUCUCCAAAGAUACUGGCCACUUCGAGGUGCUACAGAAUGAGGACGUGUUCACCCUGGUUCUAAAGAACGUGCAGCCCUGGCACGCCGGCCAGUAUGAGAUCCUGCUCAGGAACCGGGUUGGCGAAUGCACUUGCCAGGUGUCACUCAUGCUCCAGAGCAGCCCUGCCAGAGCCCCACCGCGGGGGAGGGAGCCUGCCAGCUGUGAGGGCCUCUGCGGCCGAGGAGCUGGUGCUGAUGGUGGUGGCAGAGACUGCUAUGGGAUCCUGAGGCCCGGCUGGCCAGCAAGAGGGCAGAGUUGGCCCGAGGAGGAAGACGGUGAGGACGUGCGGGGGGUGCUGAAGAGGCGCGUGGAAACACGGCAGCACACCGAGGAGGCGAUCCGCCAGCAGGAGGUGGAGCAGCUGGACUUCCGUGACCUCCUGGGGAAGAAGGUGAGUACCAAGACCUUGUCGGAAGAAGACCUGAAGGAGAUCCCAGCUGAGCAGAUGGAUUUCCGCGCCAACCUGCAGCGGCAAGUGAAGCCAAAGACUGUGUCGGAGGAAGAGAGGAAGGUACAUAGCCCCCAGCAGGUUGACUUCCGUUCUGUCCUGGCCAAGAAGGGGACUCCCAAGACCCCAAUGCCUGAGAAGGUACCCCCACCAAAACCUGCCACCCCAGAUUUUCGCUCAGUGCUGGGCAGCAAGAAAAAAUUACCAGCAGAGAAUAGUAGCAACAAUGCUGAGGCCUUGAAUGCCAAGGCAGCAGAAAGUCCCAAGCCCGUGGGCAAUGCCCAGCCUUCAGGGUCCCUGAAACCCAUGGGCAACGCCAAGCCUGCUGAGACCCCAAAACCCAUGGGCAAUGCCAAGCCAGCCGAGACGCUGAAACCCAUGGGCAAUGCCAAGCCUGCUGAGACCCUGAAACCCGUGGGCAAUGCCAACCCAGCCGAGACCCUGAAACCCAUGGGCAAUGCGAAGCCAGCUGAGACCCUGAAACCCGUGGGCAUUGCCAAGCUAGCCGAGACCCCAAAACCUAUGGGCAUCGCCAAGCCUGCCGAGACCCUGAAACCCUUAAGCAAUGUUAAGCCUGCCGAGACCCUGAAACCCUUGAGCAACAUUAAGCCUGCUGAGACCCUGAAACCUGUGGGUAACUCCAAGCCUGCUGAGACCCCGAAACCCGUGGGCAAUGCCAAGCCAGCUGAGACCCCAAAACCCUUGGGCAACGUUAAGCCUGCUGAGACCCUGAAACCUGUGGGCAAUGCCAAGCCAGCUGAGACUCCGAAACCUGUGGGCAACGCCAAGCCAGCUGAGACCCCGAAACCUGUGGGCAACACCAAGCCAGCGGAGACCCUGAAACCCGUGGGCAACACCAAGCUAGCCGAGACCCCAAAACCCAUGGUCAUCACCAAGCCGGCUGAGACCCUGAAACCAUCUGGGAAAGAAGAACUCAAGGAGGUUAAAAAUGACGUGAACUGCAAGAGGGAGCAUGCAGGGGUCACAGAUAAUGAAAAAAGGGCAGAGAGCCGAGGGACAGUGCCAACCUUCAAGGAGAAGCUACAAGACGUCCAUGUGGUUGAGGGCGAGAAGCUGCUACUCCAGUGCCAGGUGUCCUCUGAACCCCCGGCCACCAUCACCUGGACGCUGAAUGGAAAGACACUCAAGACCACCAAGUUCAUCAUCCUCUCCCAAGAAGGCUCACUGUGCUCCCUCUCCAUCGAGAAGGCGCUGCCCGAAGACAGAGGCUUAUACAAGUGUGUAGCCAAGAAUGGCGCCGGCCAGGCUGAGUGCUCCUGCCAAGUCACCGUGGACGAUGCUCCCGCCAAUGAGAAUGCCAAGGCCCGGGAGGUGAAAGCCCGGAGGCCCAAGAGCUCUCUUCCUCCGGUGCUAGGAACAGAGAGUGAUGCAACUGUGAAAAAGAAACCUGCCCCCAAGACACCUCCGAAGGCAGCCAUGCCCCCUCAGAUCAUCCAGUUUCCUGAGGACCAAAAGGUGCGCGCAGGAGAGUCUGUGGAGCUGUUUGGUAAAGUGACGGGCACCCAGCCAAUCACCUGUACCUGGAUGAAGUUCCGAAAGCAGAUCCAGGAGAGCGAGCACAUCAGGGUGGAGAACAGCGAGAAUGGCAGCAAGCUCACCAUCCUGGCUGCACGCCAGGAGCACUGUGGCUGCUACACACUGCUGGUGGAGAACAAGCUGGGCAGCAGGCAGGCCCAGGUCAACCUCACUGUCGUGGACAAGCCAGACCCCCCAGCCGGCACGCCUUGCGCCUCUGAUAUCCGGAGCUCCUCGCUGACCCUGUCCUGGUACGGCUCCUCAUAUGACGGGGGCAGUGCCGUCCAGUCCUACAGUGUCGAGAUCUGGGACUCGGUGGACAAGACGUGGAAGGAACUAGCCACAUGCCGCAGCACAUCUUUUAAUGUCCAGAACCUGCUGCCUGACCGAGAGUAUAAAUUCCGUGUGUGUGCAAUCAACGUGUACGGGACCAGUGUGCCGAGCCAGGAGUCUGAACUCACAGCGGUGGGAGAGAAACCCGAGGAGCCGAAGGACGAAGUGGAGGUGUCAGAUGAUGAUGAGAAGGAGCCCGAGAUCGACUACCGGACGGUGACAGUCAAUACCGAACAAAAAGUGUCUGACUUCUAUGACAUCGAAGAGAGACUAGGAUCUGGGAAAUUUGGACAGGUCUUUCGACUUGUAGAAAAGAAAACUGGAAAAACCUGGGCAGGGAAAUUCUUCAAGGCAUAUUCAGCAAAAGAGAAAGAGACUAUCCGGCAAGAGAUCAGCAUCAUGAACUGCCUCCACCACCCCAAGCUGGUCCAGUGUGUGGAUGCCUUCGAAGAAAAGGCCAACAUCGUCAUGGUCCUGGAGAUUGUUUCGGGGGGCGAGCUGUUCGAGCGCAUCAUCGACGAGGACUUUGAGCUGACGGAGCGGGAGUGCAUCCAGUACAUGCGGCAGAUCUCGGAGGGCGUGCAGUACAUCCACAAGCAGGGCAUCGUCCACCUGGACCUCAAGCCCGAGAACAUCAUGUGUGUCAACAAGACGGGCACCAGGAUCAAGCUCAUCGACUUCGGGCUGGCCAGGAAGCUGGAGAAUGCAGGAUCUCUGAAGGUCCUCUUUGGCACCCCAGAAUUUGUGGCACCUGAAGUGAUCAACUAUGAGCCCAUUAGCUACGCCACAGACAUGUGGAGCAUCGGGGUCAUCUGCUAUAUCCUGGUCAGUGGACUUUCCCCCUUCAUGGGUGACAACGAUAACGAAACCUUAGCCAACGUCACCUCAGCCACCUGGGACUUUGACGACGAGGCGUUCGAUGAGAUCUCCGAUGAUGCCAAGGAUUUUAUCAGCAAUUUGCUGAAGAAAGAUAUGAAAAACCGCCUGGACUGCACCCAGUGCCUUCAGCAUCCAUGGCUAACGAAAGACACCAAGAACAUGGAGGCCAAGAAGCUCUCCAAGGACCGGAUGAAGAAGUACAUGGCAAGAAGGAAAUGGCAGAAAACGGGCAAUGCUGUGAGAGCCAUUGGAAGACUGUCCUCUAUGGCAAUGAUCUCAGGGCUCAGUGGCAGGAAAUCCUCAUCAGGGUCACCAACCAGCCCGCUCAACGCAGAAAAACUAGAAUCCGAAGAAGAUGUCUCCCAAGCUUUCCUUGAGGCUGUUGCUGAGGAAAAGCCCCAUGUAAAGCCCUAUUUCUCUAAGACCAUUCGUGAUUUAGAAGUUGUGGAGGGGAGCGCUGCUAGAUUUGACUGCAAGAUUGAAGGAUACCCAGACCCUGAGGUUGUCUGGUUCAAAGAUGACCAGUCAAUCAGGGAGUCCCGCCACUUCCAGAUAGACUACGAUGAGGAUGGGAACUGCUCUUUAAUCAUUAGCGAUGUUUGCGGGGAUGACGACGCCAAGUACACCUGCAAGGCUGUCAACAGUCUUGGAGAAGCCACCUGCACAGCGGAGCUCAUUGUGGAAACCAUGGAGGAAGGAGAAGGAGAAGGGGAAGAGGAAGAAGAGGAAGAGUGAAACAAAGCCAGAGAGACGCAGUUUCUAAGUCAUGUUACAAAGACUAUUUCUCUAAAGCUCAAAAAAUCCAAGAUAGUAAAAGCACCUAGUGUGAUAGAUUAUCUAGUUAGGCCAUCUGGGGGUUGAUUCUUCAGCAACAGCAGUUGAUACCUGGCAGCGUUAUUGAUGGGCAUUAAUUUGAAUUAGCUAGAACCUUAAGAUAUCAGUGCAGCUGGAUUUAUUUCACGAAAGAACCAGUAACUUGCCUGACCAGUUGAAUUUAGAGAGCAAGUAACCAAAAGAAGUAGUUAACUGGGCAAAGUCAUACAUUCCCCAACUGAAAGCACUCGUGAAAAAUAAGGCCACAACAGGGCUCUGGGCCCUGCAGCCACAGCUCAGCCCAGAGGGUCCCUGGAGAUGGAGGCUCUCUCUCCCAGCUCCUGACUCCAGAGCACCAGGUCCUCUCCAGUCCUGCAGCACUUCAUUCUGAAGGCAGUUGAGCCAUUUUAACUUACGAGGCACAUUUUAUUCCAAAGUAUACUGUAGACAUUCAAACUUUUCAUUUCCCUCCCCCACUCUACCUGCCAGCUUUUCUGGAUCUGAACUUGCCGUGAGUUUAAGCACUAAGGACAUUACGCUUCUUAGAUUCUGAAGACAGGUCCCCUGCUCAUGGAUGACUCGGGCUUCCUUAGGAAAAUAGAACCUCCUUUCUUCCAAAAUCAGUAGGAAAUCUAAACUUAUCCCCUCUUUGCAGAUGUCUAGCAGCUUCAGACAUUUUUUUAUAAGAACCGUGAAAAAAAAAAUCCUUGCUAAUGUGCUUUUCUUCUUAAACCAGGAUUCAUAUUUGUGCUGUUAUAGAAUAUCAGCUCUGCAUGUGUGGUAAAGAUUUUUGUGUUUGAAUGUAUGAAAAACCAGUUUGCUGAAAGUUAGUCUUAAUUAUUUAUUGGCCACUAUGAAACAGAUUUCAACUGAUGAAGAGCUAUAGAACUCCACGUACUUUGGAAUCUCCUUCAAGAUAGUCUGAGUUUAAUACACCUUCAUUCUAAACACUCUCCAGAGAACUCUACCUACCUUCUGGGUUCCACGAUGUUUUUCUUCUCGAAUGUGCAUCAGUCAGGCCUUGCCCCAACCGUGAAAUAUAUUCUUAGACCUGAUAAAUGCACUCAGAUUUGCAUCUUAAAGAAUUUUUAACUUACUUUCACUACAUUGGCACUUAAAUUUUUCUUUAUAAAACUUUUUGAAGGUCAUGAACAGAGACCAUAACUCAUAUGCCUAAUACAGUUCCUCUGCGUGUGUGUGUAACAUUCCAAAUACUUUUUUUCUUUUCCACUGUUUGUAAAGUACAGCAAUUUAAUAUUUCAAGGGACUUCUUAGUAGUUCCUUGGGAACCAAUUUGAAAUUACUUCAGUGCAAUCCUACACAGUAUCAACAUUAGAAUUUUGAUAUAACUUAGUCUUUUGUUAUCUUCCAUUCUAUUUUUAUCUGCUUUUUGCUGCUACUUUCAAAUUGCCAGUAUUUUUCCUUUUUGCUUUUUAAACAGUUACAAUAUUUUUCAUAAUAGCCACAGUAUUGCCACAGUUUAUUAUAAUAAAGGGUUUUUAAUUUGAUUUAGAGCAUUCAAAGCUUUUCUUCAUCACUUUUGUGUUAGACUAUAAUCUUUAUGUGUGUGGGUGUCGCGUGUGCGUGCGCAUGUGUGGUGUGUAUGUUUGUUUACAGGUUUUUAAUGCCUUCUUGAAAUUGUGUUAAUGUUCUCUCAGUUUAUUAUGCCAUCAGAAUGGUAAAUGAGAACACUACGACUGUAGUUAGCUCACAAUUUUUAAAUAAAGGAUACCACAGUGCAUGCUGUUUGUUCAA